AUGCCCAUCCAGGCGCCACAUUGGACGGACUACCUCAAUUGUCCAGUGUGUUUCAGAGAAUAUGGCCUAUCACCACGUAGCCCAGUUAGUCUUGGCUGUGGCCACACACUAUGCGAACAUUGUCUUAAACAGCUAAAUAGAAAACAUUGUCCAUUUGAUCAGACUGUAAUUCAGAGCGACCCUGAGGAAUUGCCUGUGAACACGGCAUUAUUACAGUUGGCUGGAUAUCCACCACCCCCCAAGCCCAAUCAUCCACCAUGCAUACAAGCUUUACCUGAGACUGAUCGCCAAGCGUAUGAUAUCAUUGUCACUUGCCUUGAACAACUUGCAGUGUACCUAAAAAUUUGUGCUAACAAUACGGCAGGCAAUCGCCUUUCGCGGCCUAUGCAAAGAAAGUUGGUGACCUUACUCCAGUGUGCUAUUACUGAUGAAGAAGGGCGUGGAAGGGCAGCGCGGGCUGCACGUUCGCUUGGUGAAAGAUCUGUUACAGAACUUAUACUGCAACAUCAGAAUCCUCAGCAGCUGAGUGCUAAUUUAUGGGCUGCAGUACGAGCGAGAGGAUGUCAAUUCUUAGGACCGGCAAUGCAAGAGGAAGUGUUGAAGUUGGUUUUAUUAGCCCUCGAAGAUGGAUCGCCAUUAUCUCGAAAAGUUCUUGUUAUGUUCGUUGUUCAAAGACUUGAGAGAGACUUCCCCCAAGCGUCAAAAACGAGUAUAGGCCAUGUGGUUCAACUUUUAUAUAGAGCAUCGUGUUUUAAGGUCUCGAAACGAGAGUGCGAUUCUUCAUUGAUGCAACUAAAAGAGGAAUUUCGGACUUACGAAACGUUGCGUAGAGAACACGACGCGCAAAUUGUACAAAUAGCUACUGAAGCGGGCCUAAGGAUCGCGCCAGACCAGUGGAGUGCCUUAUUAUAUGGUGAUACAUCUCACAAGUCCCACAUGCAAAGCAUAAUUGACAAGUUGCAAACGCCCCAGUCCUUUGCACAAUCUGUGCAGGAAUUAUUCAUCGCUCUCCAAAGAUCCGGAGACCCAAGCCAAUCGGUCGUCAUGAGCUUACCUCUUGAUAGACUUGCCAAUAUUGACCCUAGUCUAGAUGCAAAUUGUCCAUCUUGGCAAGCGUUAGGAGAUAUUUUGACUGCUGUAAAAGAUGUUGUCUCAGGACUUGUUAGCUAUUUGCAACAACAGUCUACGGGGAGAGAUGCCAAUCACAACCAAAAACACCUUAUUCAAGAAAAGCCUGAUAUCCAUACAAGCCAGCAGUCCCCUCAAGGUGGGGCCUCACCUCCUCAAAGGUUUAAGAUCUCUGCCUGCAGGGAUUCUGACCUUAGGUCAACGUGCCCUCGAGGCAAUAAUUGCAAUUUUCUCCAUUUCGACGACACCGAUUUGGACAGGUUCCAAGUACACGCACCGGUUCCAACUUAUCCGAUUAGAUACAACAACCCUCCGCCUGUGGGACAUCCUAUAAACAAUGGAAGCCUUCCCCCCUUCAUUACCCCCCAACCAAUGUUUGCUCCGAACGCAACACGUUCCCCGCCAUUUCCAGUUAGCAGUCAAAACCAGUUUCCUCCCACCAUGCAACCAAAUACAUCUCAGGGGGGCGUACUUUUGCGUCAUCCGGACCCAUUAUACCAAUCCCGAAAUGUGCUUGGCAUGCAACCAUCUGCACCAAUGAUGCGUACACCAGAGAGAGAUGAACGCAUACGCGACGGCAGUGGGGAACCGUGUCUUAAUCCACAAAUAGCUAUGAGGAAUAAUAUGGAAAGGGUAAUGGGCCGAGAGAAUCCCAUUGGUGCACCUGGUGCUCCAUUUACUGUUCCCGGAACAGGCAAUCAGGGGCCAGGUGCAUAUACCGGUCUUGGUUUAGGGGACGUCUACGUUUCUGAUUCUUCUGGAUACGGCGGAGGCAUCCUUAUCAAUCCGAUUGCGAUCAAUCCGAGUAAUCUUAUGAUGCCCGUGCCAGACAGACCCUAUUACGGGAACUACCCCGGUCUGCUUACGGUCGUCACUGAUGACACCCCUAAUUAUUACGAAGGCCCAGAUGCCAUGAACUUUCCUCAAUACCAAGGUCCCGUUUCGACUGCACCAAUAAGCGAAUAUUCCUACAUACCAGUGUCCCAGGAGUCAAUAUAUUCUUACGAUACUAAUCUUGACAAUUAUCCAGUUGGACACGGGCAAACCCCGGUUGGACACGGUCAAACCCCGGUUGGACACGGGCACACCCCGGUUGGACACGGGCACACCCCGGUUGGACACGGGCAAACCCCGGUUGGACACGGGCCAACCCCGGUUAGACACGGGCCAAUCUCAGUUGGACCGGCACAGGAUUAUCAAGCGCCUCAGGAUUCUAACUAUCCUUUUAAUAAUAUGACAAUCCCGACAGACUACCGCGACCCACCAGGCUUCCCGCCAAGACCCCAUGAACGACGUGGUGAAUCUCAGUGGCUCCGUUCAUCGGCUUUUGAAUUUGAUGAGCCGGUAUUGCCGUGGCGAAGCCCACCAGUUGAGGCUGGCAAUCCACAACCAGAUCCAAUGAUGUCAAGGAACAGGCGGGCUGUGGGCGCCGAUAGAACCGUUCAGUUGCCGGAAAGGCCUGCGGCACCACCCUUCAAUCCGACAGACGAAUCUGACGAGCACAAGUUGGAGGAGGAAUUGAUGGCCCUCGAACGUCGUAUGGAUACCGAGUUUAAAAUAUUUUAA